UCAAGAAAACCCAUAUAUCAAUCAAGAAACUUCAACCAACAAUCAAAUUAUAGAAUCAAUUGAAACAUCUUUAGAAGUUUGUUCACCAGAAACCGUAAUAGAAACAGAUCUUAAUAACUCCACAGCUUCUGGCUCUGCAGAAGAAACAGAAGCAGAAUCUGCUUCCUUCACCAGCUCCACAAACUCUUCUACUCAAAUGGAAGUAGAAUCUCAGAAUGACCUAGUAGUCACUAACACUACUAAUACAACUGAUAAUAAUACACCCUUUAUCACAGUUGUAUUUAGAAAACAAAAAGUAAAAGGCAAGAAGAAAUCUUAUACUUGA